CUUUAUUUAUUUUAUUUUCUUUUUCUUUUUCAUUUCUACUUCAAUGCUUAACAGCUUUCUUUUAAAUUAAUAGAUUACUUGAACAAAACUAAAAAAAAAAAAAAAUACCCCUUUCUAUUUCAUAUAAUUUAUUCCUAUUUCGCUUUCAAAAUGAUGACAAAUAAUAAUACAAAUCAUAAUAACAAAGAAAACUUGAUGGAUUUCAAGGUCUUAUCUCGAUAUGAUGACUUGUUUACAGAUAUCUUUUUGGAUAAUUUUUUUCUUUGGUUUAAUACAAUUAAAAUGAAUCAUGAUCAUCGAAGGCCAAGAGUACCGCAUCAUAAGAUAUUAGAUAUCAUUCAAAGAAACAUACUUGAAAAAGGUAAAACUAUGGAUGCAGUGAAUGAAAUAUUAAAGUUGGAUUAUUUUAAACAGUAUCUUGCUUUAAAAAGUCAAAAACAAAUUCAAGAAUUUAUUCAACAUAUGAAAAGAUAUUUAUACAUGUACAUGCCGAAUGCAGGUUAUGAGAUAGGAGAUACAAGAAGAUAUUGUAAUAAUGGUAGAAAAGUAGAGGCCUGUUUAAUUGCUACAAAGAAUUGGAAUGUUGGGGAUGAAAUGAGAUUAUUGACAGGGAUGAUAGCUUGUUUAGAUCCAAAGGAUGAUGCUGAAUUAAAGAAAGGUAACCGAGACUUUAGUGUAAUGUGGUCUACUCGAAAGAAUUGUAGUUGUCUUUUUUUGGGCCCUGCUCGUUUUGCUAAUCAUGAUUGUGAUUCUAAUUGCAAGUUUAUAGCUUUAGGUCAAAAUUCAAUUAUUUUUAAAGUAAUCAAAGAUAUCAAAUUUGGUGAAGAAAUUACUGUCUAUUAUGGUAAACAUUAUUUUGGUGAAAAUAAUUGUGAAUGUAAAUGUAGUACAUGUGAAAAUUUGGGUAUGGGCUAUUUUGCAUCACUUGAAACAAAAGAAAAUUCAACGGUAACGAUGAAUGAAGAUCAGGGGGGCAGUACCAGACGUAGUACUCGGAAAAGAAAAUCUGCUUUAUAUGAAGAUUAUACACAUACUUCUUAUAUACCAAAUAGACGCUCAAAACGUGCUUCUAUUGAACCUUUAUCUCCUAAUCAAACACAUUCUACUGAUUCUUUAGAAGAAUUGAUCGGUGACCAACAAGUAAAAUUAUCUAAAAAGGAAGAUGAGCUUUUUUUACCGCCUAUUCCUGUCUCUCCAACAACUUCAACUACAGAAAAGUUGGCAAGACUAAAGGUGAUGAGUAUUGAUUUUUUAUGUGGCGGUAGUGAUGAGGAAGAAAGGUCACCGGUUAUAAAACAACGUAGAGUAUCAGAUUGUCCUUUACUUGAUAUGUUAGUGGAUGCUGCAGUAGACGCUGAAUAUAUUAAAUCCAAUAAAAAGGAAUCUAAUUUCUUUGAACAAGAAAGAGGUUAUUUAAAUCAAUUCAUAAAGUCGAUACAAUCAGAAGAUUCACCGCAAUCAUCUCUUAUAGAUUCAAAUGAUUCAAAAUCAGAUUCGGCUAUCAGUUUAUCUCCUCAGCUUGUUCAAAUAAAGAAAGAAGAAGAUCAUACUUGGUCAUUUAAUCAAAAUAACGAUCAUCUUGAUGAUAAUAUGGAUUUAUUAAAUACUUUCUUUGACGAUGUAUCUGAUCUAUCUUCUAGAUCUCAAUCACCUAGUAGUAGUAUGUCACAAGAAUUAAUUUGUAUUGCUUGUGAUCGACCUUUAAAGAAGGAAGAUAUCUCAGAACAAGUAGGUGCAGAUGUAUCUAUUACAAAUGAAUUAGCUACCUGGACAUGGAGUCCAAGUGCUAUUUUUACAGAUUGGAGACCUAAACGAUGUCCUCGUUGUGAACGUCAUUAUACAAUAUUUAAACAAGAAUGGCCUAAUCGACGUAAACAAAAGAAGAAGAAAUCAAAUUCCCCUAAUAAUAAGAAGAAGAAUAUAAAGAAGAAAUCAAUCAUCAUGAAUGAAAAGAAUGCUUCACUUGUAGAACCUGAGUCAUUUAUGCCUAUUCUCUAUCAAAUUCAAGAUGAUCCGAAUGAUUUAAAUUAUAUACCUCCAUCCCCUUUAUCUGAUGUUGUUUCUUAUGAUGAAUAAUUUGUAUCUUAUAUUUGUAAAAAUUGUGUAUAUAAAAUACAUACAUAUAUACUACUACUACUACUACUACUACUACAAUCCUAUUUAUGUAUGUGUAUAAUAAUAAAUCUUAUUCCCCUGCUAUUGUUUUUUCUCUCUUAUCUAGAAC